AUUACGACACACACAAAUUUGCGAUCCAAAAACGAUAACGGACAUCAGAAACAAGCAGACGCAGAGUUUGUUGGAAAACCCACUGACACAGUCACACACCCUAAAAAGAAGAGAAGGAAAAUCUGAAACGCAAUCGGAGUUGUACUUCGAUUUUUGGUUCUGAUUGAAUUCUAAGGGUUACUUGAUGGUGUCGGUGAAUCCGAACCCAGCUCAAGGAUUUUACUUCUUCGAUCCUUCUUCGUCCAAUAUGGGACUUCCCGGCGUUAAUCCGAUGCCGCCGCCGCCUCCGCCGCAGCAUGCUCCGGCAACCGUGCCAUCAGCUGCGUCUUCUAAGUCUAGGGAGAGCUGGACCGAGCAGGAGCAUGACAAGUUUCUAGAAGCUCUUCAAUUAUUUGAUCGUGAUUGGAAGAAAAUUGAAGCAUUUGUCGGCUCAAAAACUGUUAUCCAGAUACGGAGUCAUGCACAAAAGUAUUUCCUUAAAGUCCAGAAGAAUGGAACAAGUGAACAUGUACCUCCCCCUCGGCCAAAGAGAAAAGCUUCUCAUCCAUACCCUCAAAAAGCUCCCAAGAGUGCUCCUACUGCAUCCCAUGUCACUGGGCCAUUGCAAUCUUCCUCAGCUUUCAUUGAACCUGCAUACAUUUAUAGCCCGGAUUCAUCAUCUGUGCUAGGAACUCCAGUAACCAGUGUGCCUUUAUCAUCUUGGAAUUAUAACACCAUUCCACCAAGCAAUGUGCCCCCAAGCAAUGUGCCACCAGCAACUAAAGAUGAUAUGGGAUUGGCUGGAGCUGGACAAGCUGUCCCUCUUACUUGUUGCUAUAGCAGCAGUAAUGAGAACACCCCUCCAACUUGGCCAAGUAACAAUGGGUUUGAACAAAGAAACCAGACCAAGCCAAUUAAAGUUAUGCCAGAUUUUGCACAAGUCUACAGCUUCAUUGGCAGUGUAUUUGAUCCCAAUUCUACUAAUCAUCUCCAGAGGCUGAAACAGAUGGACCCAAUAAAUAUGGAAACGGUACUGUUGUUGAUGAGAAACCUCUCCAUGAAUCUAAUGAGUCCUGAAUUUGAGGAUCAUAAGAGGCUGCUUUCGUCAUACGGAGCCAACCCUGAAGAGGCAAAGUUUGUCAAUCCUUGCAGCAAGUUGCUCAAAUCUGAGAGUGCUGUUCUAACUGCUUAAGGUGUUGGCAGAUGGAACAUUUUCUGAUGCAUACAAAAUCAGACAUGUGAGAAGGUGGAAAGCGACAGAAGGUUUUGCUAGAAGAAGAAAAAUGUAGGAUGCAGAUGCAAACAUGUGUAUAUAAUACCGUAUAUAUAGUUAUUUAGGCAUAUAUGGUUAGGACCUUAGGUAAGGAAGAAUCCUUGUUAGGCUUGUAUGUAUAUCCUUGGAAUGCCUUGGACAAUUUGAGUGUCUUUGUCAACUUCUGGAGGCUAUGAUGUACAGUCUGUUGAGUGGUUUUCAGGUUUUGUGUGUUAUACUUUGAAAGCUCUCCUUUCUACAAUGUAGUAUAUACAAUUAGGGAUUUAGGAUUGUGUGUAUGGUGGUGUAUAUAAACCAAUAAAGCCAUGCAGCUUUUACUUUACGGUUUCAUGCAUUUACAUAUAUUUUACAUAAUAAAACUUUGUCUUGUUGCCUGUCCUAAA